CGGAAGGAGUAGUUUUGAAGAAUCCUGUGGACUUCUCUCCCUCAGUAUGACUGUAUCCUCCACAUUUCAUCGAUCCAGCAAAACCAUGGGCAGUAUUUUCAAACCGCCAGUCAAAACCUUUCUAAAACCUAAAAACCAGCUGCAAAAAUUCCACCCAUUAAAUCCCUCUUAUUCCACCAUUUCUUGAGAACUCCUUAUACCGCUGUUAGAUCCACCUCAAAAUCUUCUUUGUUUCUCAUUCCUUCCAAAAGCCAAGCAACCCAUCCGGCAUUUCAUGUGGCUUUUCAUCUAAAUUGCAUUGCAUCUUUUUAUUGAUUCUGUAUGGAAUCUAGUGGAAUGUAUCCAAGCAUGGGGUCUGGGAUGAUAGGGCUAGAAAUGUCCCUCCACCAUCACAUCCCACAACCUCCUCCUCCUCAGCAGCAGCAGCAGCAGCAGCCACCCAAUCUGACCAUGGCGCCCUUUGACCAACACCACCCUCCUGUUGGGGUUCACACUUACGCCAAUAAACCCAAAACCCAUGGGCUAUCUCUCAACAGUGAUGAUGAUGAGCCUGCUGCUGGAGGCGUGGGACCCACUCCCGAUCGGAACACUGUCGAAGACGGGAAGAGAAAAAUGUCACCUUGGCAGAGGAUGAAAUGGACAGAUGAAAUGGUGAGGCUGUUGAUAAUGGUGGUGUAUUACAUCGGCGACGAGGGCACGUCCGAGGGGAAUAAUAGUAACAACAACCCUGAGAAGAAAGGCGGGGUUUUGCAGAAGAAGGGGAAGUGGAAAUCGGUCUCUCGCGCGAUGAUGGAGAGAGGGUUCUAUGUGUCUCCGCAGCAAUGCGAAGACAAGUUCAAUGAUCUGAACAAGAGGUAUAAAAGGGUGAAUGAUAUUCUUGGCAAAGGAACCUCUUGCCGUGUUGUUGAGAAUCACGCCUUGCUUGAAACCAUGGAUUUAUCACCCAAGAUGAAAGAGGAAGUCAAGAAACUGCUCAAUUCCAAGCACUUGUUCUUCAGAGAAAUGUGUGCCUAUCAUAACAGUUGUAGCCAAAGCUCAUCCGAACCACCCAAUCUUCGUCACCAGAAGUGUUUGCAUUCUUCCAAUGCACCUAGACUUGGGCCUAGUUCAACGGAAAGGGACGAAACUGUCAAAACCCACGAAAGCAGGGAAGAAGAAGAAGAUGAUGAUGAUGAUGAAGACGGCGAUGAUGACGAGAGCAAUGAUGAUUCCGAAGAAAGCGAGCUUGAAGAAAGAUCACAGAAAACACAGAAAACAGGCGGGUGGGCCCACCAACUGAGCUCUGAACUGACCGAUAUGUGUCAAGAUGGAAACCGGAGUCCACUAGAGAAGAGGCAAUGGAUAAGGGGUCAAAUGGUUCGGUUGGAGGAACAACGGGUGAUGUACGAAUCAGAGAGAUUGGAGCUCCAGAAGCAGCGGUUGCAGUGGGAGAAGUACAAGGGCAGGAAGGAGAGGGGAAUGGAUAGGGAGAAGCUCGUGAACGAGAGGAAGAGAUUGGAGAACGAGAGAUUGGCUCUUUUUCUCCAGCAGAAAGAGCUCGAGUUGCUUGAUGAUCACCUUCUCCACCAUCAACGAACCAGUGACCCGUCCUCUGUCACUGGUUGAUGAUGAAAAUGUGAAGUUAUGUAGUUGUACUGUUGUAGUACUAGCACAAGCUGUUCUAGUUUAUAUGUAACAUAGUCUAUUGUUUUGCAAAAGUUACAUUAUAGAUGGUUGGCAAAUCUUUGAGUGCUUGAACAUUAUUUAGCCUAACUCUUAAUAUCAAUAGAGGUUUAGAGGACAU